GAGCGCGCCCAAAGGGCCGCGCGUGCGCUGUGGCGCCGGCCGCCCUUCCGGUGCGCCCGGCGCGGAGAGGCGGCACACACGCAGGCACGCACACACGCACGCACGCGCGCCUUGCUACCCUCGCGCCGCCGCGGCCGCUCCCGCGCCCAGCAGUCGCGCCGUCCGCUCGCUCGAGAUGCUGCGGGUCUGCCAGCUCUCCGGCGUGACCGCCGCCGCCCAGAGUUGUCUUUGUGGGAAAUUUGUCCUCCGUCCACUGCGACCAUGCCGUAGAUACUCUACUUCAGGCAGCUCUGGGUUGACUGCUGGAAAAAUUGCUGGAGCUGGCCUUUUGUUUGUUGGUGGAGGUAUUGGUGGCACUAUUCUGUAUGCCAAAUGGGAUUCCCAUUUUCGGGAAAGUGUAGAGAAAACCAUACCUUAUUCAGACAAGCUCUUUGAGAUGGUUCUUGGUUCUGCACCUUAUGAUGUUUCAUUGCCAAAGAAGCCGAUUCAGUCGGGUCCUCUAAAAAUCUCUAGUAUAUCAGAGGUGAUGAAAGAAUCUAAACAGCCUGCCUCACAACUCCAAAAACAAAAGGGAGAUACUUCAGCUUCAGUAACAGCACCUACAGAGGCAGCUCAAAUUAUUUCUGCGGCAGGUGAUACGCUCACGGUCCCAGCCCCUGCAGUUCAGCAUGAGGAAUCUAUAAAAACUGGUCACCCUGAAAUUGGUGAAGGAAAACCCACGCCUGCACUUUCAGAGGACGCCCCCUCGUCUUCCAUCAGGGAGCGGCCACCUGAAGAAGUCGCAGCUCGCCUAGCGCAACAAGAGAAACGGGAACAAAUUGAGAUUGAGUCUCUAGCUAGGAGCUUAGAAGAUGCUUUGAGCCAAACUGCUGGUAUCACUUUGCAGGCUAUUGCAGCUCAGAAUGCUGCAGUCCAGGCCGUCAAUGCACACUCCAGCAUAUUGAAGACAGCUAUGGACAAUGCUGAGAUUGCAGGUGAGAAGAAGUCCGCUCAGUGGCGCACAGUGGAGGGUGCGUUGAAGGAACGCAGAAAGGCAGUGGAUGAAGCUGCCGAUGCCCUUCUCAAAGCCAAAGAAGGGUUAGAGAAGAUGAAAAGUGUGAUUGAAAAUGCGAAGAAAAAAGAGGUCGCUGGGGCCAAGCCGCAUAUAGCUGCUGCAGAGAGUAAGCUUCAUAACAUGAUAGUGGACCUGGAUGACGUAGUCAAAAAGGUCCAAGCAGCUCAGUCUGAGGCUAAGGUUGUGUCUCAGUAUCACGAACUGGUGGUCCAAGCCCGGGAUGACUUUAAACGAGAGCUGGACAGUAUUACUCCCGAAGUCCUUCCUGGGUGGAAAGGGAUGAGUGUUUCUGACCUAGCCGACAAGCUGUCUACUGAUGACUUGAACUCCCUGAUUGCUCAUGCACAUCGUCGCAUUGAUCAGCUAAACAGAGAGCUUGCAGAACAGAAAGCCACAGAGAAGCAGCACAUCACGUCAGCCUUGGAAAAACAAAAGCUGGAGGAAAAGCGGGCAUUCGACGUUGCAGUGGCAAAGGCGUUAGAACGUCACAGAAGUGAAAUACAGGCUGAGCAGGAUAGAAAGGUAGAGGAAGUCAGAGAAGCCAUGGAGAAUGAAAUGCGGACCCAGCUUCGCCGACAGGCAGCCGCCCACACUGAUCACUUACGUGAUGUCCUGAGGGUGCAAGAACAGGAGCUGAAGUAUGAAUUUGAGCAGGACUUGUCUGAGAAACUCUCUGAACAAGAAUUAGAAUUUCGUCGUCUUAGUCAAGAGCAAGUUGAUAACUUUACUCUGGAUAUAAACACUGCCUAUGCCAGACUGAGAGGAAUCGAACAGGCUGUUCAGAGUCACGCGGUCGCCGAAGAGGAGGCCAGAAAGGCCCACCAGCUCUGGCUCUCGGUGGAGGCGCUCAAGUACAGCAUGAAGACCUCCUCGGCAGACGUGCCCACCGUGCCGCUGGGGGGCGCCGUGGAGGCCGUCAGAGCCAGCUGUCCCGGCCACGAGUUUGCCCAGGCGUUGACUGCAGCCAUCCCUCCCGAGUCGCUGACCCGCGGGGUGUACGGCGAAGAGACCCUCCGGGCCCGCUUCGCUGCGGUCCAGAAACUGGCCCGGAGGGUGGCGAUGGUCGACGAGACCAGAAACAGCUUGUACCAGUACUUGCUCUCCUACCUGCAGUCUUUGCUCCUGUUCCCGCCUCAGCAGCGGAAGCCUCCCGCGGAGCUCUGCCCCGAGGAUCUCAACACCUUCCAGCUGCUGUCGUAUGCCUCCUACUGCGUGGAGCACGGCGACCUGGAGCUGGCCGCCAAGUUCGUCAACCAGCUGAAGGGGGAGUCCCGACGAGUGGCCCAGGACUGGCUGAAGGAAGCCCGGGUGACCCUGGAGACCAAGCAGAUAGUGGAAAUCCUGACGGCAUAUGCCAGCGCCGUGGGAAUAGGGACCACUCAAGUGCAGCAAGAGUAGGGUCUGGGAGGAGUGUGCGGAGGCGUGUUUCACGUCAAAAGAAAUCAGCGGCGAUCUGUGGAGGGUUGGAACAAGGGUUCCAGAAUUGUCUGAAAGCCAGCAGGUUCCCAGGACUGUUCUAAAUGUCAACACCUGUUGCAUUUAUAUUCUUUCCACUUGCUAUCGUGUCAGUGAACUCCAGGAGUGCUUUCUUGGCAACUUGUGUAACAUUUUCUGUUUUUCAGGUUUUACUGAUCAGGCUUGUGAAGCCAAUCAAAAUGAUGUUUGUGAUCCCUACUACUAUUGACUGUGCCCUUGGAGCAAGCUGAAUAAAGCAACAAGAUGAAAACUGAGUA